AUGGACGACCUUUUGUCUCAAGCCUUGACUAAGCUCUCUUUUGAAGAAAGAGAAGAGCAUCAGGAUGUUUUGCAUGGUGUGAACGACACCCCUACUGAAGAUGCUUCCUUCUUGAAUUCCGCUCUGAAAGAACUAGAAAACCAGCUUGCAAACACCAAGACCGGUAGUUUUUAUGAAAUAGCCGAAACUAUGGACCCUGCAUUUGUCAAUGCAACACCCUUUCGCGUCAUGUUCCUGAGGGCCAAAGAAUACGACGCCAAAGCUGCAGCAGAGCAGAUGCUGCUAUUCUUUGAGUCAAAACAUCAGCUCUUCGGAAAAGACAAGCUGGUCAAGCACAUUACAAUCGCAGACCUUGACGAGGAUGACAUUGCUUACCUGAAACAAGCGUUCGUGCAGUUUGCGGGUAGAGAUAGAUCGGGCAGACAGGUUAUUGUGCACAUUGGAGCUUUUGUUGCAGGUAUUGUUGGAGCCCAGUGGUCAAAGAAGACUUUACAGAACGUCCUUAGGGCACAAUACUAUGGCCUCAUGAAAGCGUUGCAAUCAGAAGAGACUCAAAUUCGAGGAAUCGUUUCGGUAUGGUAUGCCAUUGGUGAUCUAAAGGCAAAAUCGCGAAAAGGAUAUCAUGAGUGUUUUAAAGCUGUGUGGGCUCUACCACAGAAGAAAGCAGCCAUUCACCUUUGUGUGGAUGACAUAAAACAAUAUGCGCUAUUCAGCGUUGUGGUUAAGCUCAUGCCAGCCAACGUACGGGCACGAAUGAGAUUGCACUUUGGCUCUUUGACUGAAUGCAAAUAUCAGUUGUCCACGUAUGGGAUUUUGCCGGAAUCACUACCAUUUGACGCCAAUGGAAACAUCGACCCAGACCAGCAGAUUCAAUGGAUCAAUUCCUGUAUGAUGGACGAACAAUCCGAUCGUCCCAUCUCCGCAUCGCCCAGUAGAGUACUAGAAUUGACCACCACGCCGACUCAGAAUGACGUGCUCUUCACUGGCCAAGUUAGCAACCAUCCAGGAAAUCAACUCUAUCGAAAUCUCAUUAUUGACUUUAGUCACGCAUACGAUUCUAGAACCGACGAAAUGAAGAAGCAGAUUGUCAGUGAGAUCAUCGCCAAAAUUCACGAUAUUGGCGGUCGGUUCUUGAGGAAGCAAGAGAAGGGUCGAACUAGUGCUUGGGAGGAAGUCCCCAGUAAAGCCUUGCGGAAAAAGAUAAUGCAAGCGUUCCGCAAUCGUCGUCGCCGGCUAGAUGCUUAUUCUAAAGAGACAGCUAUGUUGAUAGAAGGCGAGCCUCUUCCUCGUGACGUGAUCUUUGGAAGAGCACAACGAAAUCCCGGGAGCGAGUUAUUUCAACGUCUCAUAAAGGAUCAUUCCCAAGAAUACAAUUCUUUGGAUCGCGGUGUGAAGAUGCGACUUGUGGAAAGGAUAAUGAAAAUUAUAAAGAAUCAAGGUGGACGCUUCCUGGAGCCGGCACCCGAAAAAGGCCAAUGGGUUGAACUGCUGAAUGAUCAUGCAAGAGAACGUAUAUCCAUGUAUUUUCGAAAUCAUAGAAGGCCCAGAAAUGCAAGCUAA